UGGGAUCUGACUUCUUCAUGAGCUGGACACACGGCAGCUAAGCAAUGGAACAAACAAUGACCACAGCUGAACCCAAUGCUCUCGACAAAACUGGGUUAUGUCUACUAUCGCUGGAUGGUGGCGGUGUGCGAGGGCUUUCAGCCCUCUAUAUCUUGAAACACCUCAUGACUCAAUUGAGCCAUGAACGACCAGAGCUUGGGCAGGUCAAGCCUUGCGAGAUAUUUGAUCUCAUCGGUGGCACAAGUACCGGAGGCCUGAUUGCUAUCAUGCUUGGCCGCUUGGAAAUGAGCGUUGACGAGUGUAUCGACACGUACGUCAAGUUGAUCAGGACGGUUUUCGAGAAGAAGUCUCGAUGGCCUGUAAAUCUCUCGGGCAGCGUCAGGUCGCGUUUUGACUCAACGAAGCUAGAAAGUGCUGUUAAAGACGUUGUGGCCAGUCAUGGAGCAAAGGAGACGGACCUUUUCAACGACGGAUGCGAGCGAGGGUGUCGUGUUUUUGUUUGUACCACGUCGCACGAGACGAAAGAUAUCGUACGUCUUCGUGACUACAGUGUACCGUCAAAGGACAACAUUCCUGCGACCAUCUGCCAGGCUGCGCUUGCUACGUCAGCUGCUACAACAUUCUUCGAUCCCGUCUACAUUGGGACACGGAAGUUUGUCGAUGGUGCACUAGGCUCGAACAACCCUGUGGACGAAGUGGAAGGCGAAGCGGCGGAUAUAUGGUGCCCUGGUACUGGUGAUUUAAAGCCGCUCGUGAAAUGCUUUGUCUCCAUUGGGACGGGAGACCCGGGAAUAGCUGCGAUUGAGGAUAAGGCCCUCAAGUUUCUUUCCGAGACAUUGGUGAGCAUUGCGACCGAGACUGGACGUACAGAAAAGAAAUUCAUAGCAAGAUGGGCCAAACACUACGACGAGAAGCGGUACUUCCGUUUCAAUGUUGAACAGGGACUACAGGGAGUUGGUCUGGAAGAAUACCGUGAGCAGGGAACGAUAGAAGCAGCAACGCAUCGAUAUUUGGAUCAUCAGGCCCAGGUGUUUCGGGUGCGGGAUUGCGUCCAGAACUUGAAGCUCAAACGGGGUAUGGCGAUGUCCAACAUCUCAAGGAUCCUCGGCGGAAACCUUACUCCAAGUUCAACACAGCUCCAUAUACGGGCCAGUACCAAAGCACUCUGGACCGUCCCCUUCCGACGGAAUCCGCUCUUUGUCAGUCGCUCAGCGGAAAUCGCCAAGCUUGAUGAUAUUCUCAGUAAUGACAGUGCACCCUCCCAGGUUGCGAUUGUUGGGCUUGGUGGCGUUGGGAAAACGCAAAUUGCGCUAGAAUAUGCGUAUAUUCUGCGAGAACGACAUCCGAACUGCGCAAUAUUCUGGAUACCAGCCACCAACGCUGAGAGCAUGCUGGAGGCGUAUUUGCAAAUCGCGAAAGAGCUGCAAAUCCCUAACGUUGGAAACGAAACCAAGAGUAUUCAGAAUAUAGUCCAACAUCGACUGAGUCAAGAAAGCUCCGGUAAAUGGCUACUGGUGUUGGACAAUGCUGACGACAUCUCCUUUUGGGCUGAGAAAUCUAAGGAUACGGCUGGUUCUAUCUUGCCGAAGAGCAAGCAUGGGUCUGUCCUUUUCACAACCAGAAGCUACAAAACAGCGGUUGAGUUAGUAGGGAGAAAUAUAGUCACAGUCAAAGCGAUGAACAGCGCACUAGCUAAGAACUUGCUCGGAAAUAUCUUGAUCGACCGGAGCUUGUUAGCUGACGAACGAGCUACCGCUGAAUUACUUCAGAAGCUUACGUAUCUGCCGCUCGCAAUUGUCCAGGCAGCAGCAUUCAUCAAUAAAAAUCAAAUGACACUAUCCGAGUACAUAUCUCUCCACGACAGCACCGAGGAGAGUACUAUCGACGCCCUUAGUCAGAAUUUCGAAGACGAAGGUAGAUACGAGGACGGGAAGAACUCCAUUGCGGCAACAUGGCUCAUAUCCUUCGAACAAAUCCAGGCUUCCGACACGUUAGCAGCGGAGUACUUGUCACUUAUGGCAUGUGUUGACUCAAAGAACAUCCCGCAGCUAUUCCUUUCUCUCACACAGUCGGCAACACGGUCUGCUGAUGCUCUUGGGACGUUGAAGGCUUUCUCCUUUAUUACAAAUCACGAAAAUAGCCAGCUUCUGGAUAUCCAUCGUCUUGUACACCUGGCGAUGCGAAACUGGCUACGCAUGCAGGGCACCCUCACAGAUUGGACGAACAAAGCUCUGAGUCACAUAAAUAUGCUGUUCCCGUACCCCGACGAAGAGAACCGACUCUUGUGGAGGCCAUUUCUACCACAUUCUCGGUAUAUCCUAGAGUCACUGGAAUGGAAUAAUCCAAAUAGUGCAGCGAUACAUCUACUGCGUGUCUUUGGACACUGUGUCCUUCGGGAUGGGAGAUACGCAGAAGCUGAAAGGGCUUUCAGCACGACUGCAUAUUCAAAUAGAACUACGCUUGGCAUCGAACAUCCUAUGACACUGGAAAGUGAGGGAAUUCUGGCACAAAUAUACUUCAAACAAGGACAAUGGAGCAAAGCAGAAAACCUAAUCAUACACGUACUACCGACCCUCAAAAGGGCACUCGGUAACGAGCAUAUAUUAACAAUGAGAGCCAUGGUUACACUUGUGUCUAUAUACUGUGUUCAACAGCGAUGGGCAGAGGCAGAGAGAUUGGAAUUACAAGCCCUGAAAGCUUACGAAAGGGUGCUUGGUGCAGAGCAUCAGGAGACCUUGAUGUGUAAGCGUUUUUUAGCAAAUAUAUAUUCUCAAACAGGCAAAUGGAAUCAAUCAAAGAGACUAAAUUCGCAGAUAUUGAAGGGCCACAGAAAAGCAUUCGGGAUGGAGCACCCAUUUACACUCUGCAGCACCCGCAACCUGGUAAGCGAUUACAUGUCCUUGGGGCUUCUGAGAAAGGCAGAAGCACUGCAAAUGCAAGCGACUGAGACUUCCAAGGGUGUCCUUGGAGCAGAGCACCCUGACACAUUGGAGGCCAUCGGUUUGUUGGCCUCCAUAUAUAGCGUCACAGGUCGCCUUGAAGAGGCGGAGAAACUGGAGUCACAAGUUUUGAAGAGCUUCCGAGAGGUACUUGGUGCGGAGCAUCCUCUGACUAUAUACUCCAUGCCCACCCUAGCUUACACCUGGUGGAGAAUGGGUCGAUAUGGUGAAGCAACUGAGCUAUUGGAGAGCUGCUUACAGCUAGAAACUAAAAUCUUUGGUCCUGACCACUCCAACUCAAUAGACCAUGGUCGAAGAUUACGGCGAUGGAAAUUGUACCAGCAAUUGAAGGGUGGAUGCACUCCAAGCUAGUGGAUCAAUAUGCAUAAGAUCUGGUUUAUAUAAGUUAACCUUAUAUAUUGAUGCAAUGAUUUCGUUCUGUGUAUAACCUUGUCCGCCCUUCUAGUAAAGGUGGGUAUCAUUAUGAGUGUUCUCGAUUUUGGCAAGGCCUUUGACUACACGAUAGCUGAUUUCUUAUAUCCUUUGCUUCUUGAAACCCUCUGUCAAUCCAGAGGGCGUAUACAUGAACUCGUGUAUAAAGGCCCUUAAU